AUGCUGCAUAGAGCAGUUCGAUCGCAGUGCUGGCGCCCAGCGCUAUACGCACACCCGCGCAACGCCGGUCGAUCUCCAAGCACGAGACCAACUCCGACUCAACUACGCAUAUUCAGCUCCAGCCGUUCCCUCCGAAACCAACCUAUAAACGAUAAUGAUUCAAAAUCUAAGAACAAUGCCGCUGCAACUACCCCGCCUGCGCCUUCGCAACCGGAACUAGCAAAUGCUGUGGCUCAGAAGGUGGAGCUUACAGUCCCGAAGAAGGAAUUGCUCAAUGAAGCGGCGAUUGCAGGCAAGGAACAACGCAAGGCGGAUUGGGCUAUAAUGCGGGAAAUGGCCAAAUAUCUCUGGCCUAAGGAUGAUUGGGGCACAAAGCUUCGUGUUGGAACAGCUUUAUCAUUGUUGGUGGGUGCCAAGAUCCUUAAUGUUGAGGUUCCUUUUUACUUCAAGAGUAUUGUUGAUUCCAUGAACGUGGACUUUGCAUCUCUUGGAGGAACUGCAUAUACCGUCGCAGGGUCGAUGAUCAUAGCCUAUGGAGCAACUCGAAUUGGAGCGACACUAUUCCAAGAGCUUCGAAAUGCAGUGUUUGCGAGCGUCGCACAAAAAGCCAUUCGAAAAGUGGCACGAAACGUCUUUGAUCACCUUCUGCGGCUCGAUCUCAACUUUCACCUCUCACGGCAGACCGGCGGUUUGACCCGGGCCAUCGACCGUGGUACAAAAGGUAUCAGCUUCUUGUUGACUUCUAUGGUCUUUCACGUGGUGCCCACUGCGCUCGAGAUCUCCAUGGUGUGCGGAAUCCUGACUUACCAAUAUGGCUUCCAAUUCGCGGCGAUCACUACCACCACCAUGAUUGCUUACACGGCAUUCACUAUCACCACUACCGCAUGGCGAACCAAGUUCCGGCGUCAGGCCAAUGCGGCUGACAAUCGCGGGGCUACGGUCGCUGUCGACUCACUCAUCAACUACGAGGCCGUGAAGUACUUCAACAAUGAGAAGUUUGAGGUGGCCCGAUACGACAAGGCUCUAAAGCACUACGAGGAUUCGUCGAUCAAGGUGACCACCUCUCUGGCCCUCUUGAACUCUGGCCAGAACAUGAUCUUCUCAACGGCACUGGCGGCCAUGAUGUACCUGGCCGCUGAUGGAGUUGCCACGGGGCAAUUGUCGGUGGGUGACCUGGUCAUGGUGAAUCAACUGGUCUUCCAGCUCUCCGUGCCUCUCAACUUCCUAGGAUCCGUCUAUCGUGAACUGCGCCAGUCUCUGCUGGAUAUGGAGACACUGUUCAACCUUCAAAAGGUCAACGUGACAAUCCAAGAACGACCGAACGCUCAGCCCUUGGAGCUGAAGCGUGGUGGAGAGAUUCGUUUUGAGAAUGUCACAUUUGGCUAUCACCCGGACCGGCCGAUCCUGAAGAAUGCCACCUUCACCAUUCCCGCGGGAUCGAAGUUUGCCAUCGUAGGCCCCAGUGGCUGCGGCAAGUCAACGAUCCUCCGCCUCCUCUUCCGCUUCUACGACACCCAGUCGGGCCGGAUCCUCAUCGACGGACAGGAUGUGCGGGAUGUGACACUCGAGAGCCUCCGGAAGGCGAUCGGCGUGGUACCGCAGGAUACACCACUCUUUAACGAUACGAUCGCGCAUAACAUUCGAUACGGCCGGAUCGACGCCACAGAUGAAGAGGUGAAGCGGGCCGCUGAGCGUGCUCGCAUUCACCAACUGAUCGAGGGAUUACCCGAAGGCUAUCAGACUGCGGUCGGAGAGCGUGGAAUGAUGAUCUCGGGCGGCGAGAAACAGCGAUUAGCGAUUUCUCGUCUCAUCCUCAAAGACCCACAACUUUUAUUCUUUGACGAAGCUACAUCUGCCCUUGACACUUACACGGAGCAAGCCUUACUUCAAAAUAUCAACAGCAUCUUGAAAGAUAAGAAGCGGACGAGUGUAUUUGUGGCUCACCGCCUUCGUACGAUCUGUGAUAGCGACCAGAUUUUGGUGCUUAAGGAUGGAGAGGUUGCGGAGAUGGGAUCACAUCGGGAGCUCCUCGACUUGGAUGGAGUUUAUGCAGAAUUGUGGAAUGUGCAAGAACGAAGCCAGGACGAACCCGAAGAAAUAACUCAGUAG